CGGCAGAGGCGCCCCACAAGGCCACGCGGGCGGGGUCUGCAGACGCUUCCCAGCCUUUUCAGCAGAAUGUCAGGGAGCCAUACCCCUCCUGCUGGGGGCCCCUUCUCGGCCCUGACCCCAAGCAUGUGGCCUCAGGAGAUCCUGGCCAAGUAUUCCCAGGGGCCUGGACUGCCCUGGAGGCCUUCCCCUUCUCUGGUCUCAGUGAAGGGCAGGAGAGAAGAGGCAGGGACGAGGCCAGCCCCGGAGGCUGGGACUGGACUGAGGAGAGGCUUUGGGUCUGAACGUGUUCCCUGUGGACACUUUACGGAGCCAGCGGCUUCGAAGGAAGAGCUGGUAGAGCAGCCAGAGUUCCAUUACGAUGAGUUUGGUUUCCGGGUGGACAAGGAAGAUGGUGCUGACCCCAACUCCAGCAAGUGCCUGGGUGUGCCCCUGACCGAAGAGCCCCAGCAGAGGCUGAGGUGGCAAGCCCACCUCGAGUUCACCCACAACCACGACGUGGGAGACCUCACCUGGGACAAGAUCGAGGUGUCCCUGCCCCGCUCGGACAAACUCUAUUCCCUGGUGCUGGGCGGCAUCCCGCACAGCAUGAGGCCCCAGCUGUGGAUGCGCCUCUCCGGGGCCCUGCAGAAGAAGCGGAGCUCCGACAUGGCCUAUCGGGACAUCGUCAAGAACAGCUGCAACGACGAGACCAUCGCGGCCAAGCAGAUCGAGAAGGACCUGCUUCGCACCAUGCCCAGCAACGCCUGCUUCUCUACCAUGAACAGCGUCGGGGUGCCCCGGCUGCGCAGAAUCCUGCGAGGACUCGCUUGGCUCUACCCCGAGAUCGGCUACUGCCAGGGCACUGGCAUGGUGGCCGCCUGCCUGCUGCUCUUUCUGGAGGAGGAGGACACCUUCUGGAUGAUGUGCGCCAUCAUCGAGGACCUGGUGCCCGCCGCCUACUUCAGCACCACCCUGAUGGGCGUCCAGACGGACCAGCGGGUCCUGCGCCAUCUGAUCGUGCAGUACCUGCCGCGGCUGGACGCGCUGCUGCUGGAGCACGACAUCGAGCUGUCCCUCAUCACCGUGCACUGGUUCCUCACGGCCUUCGCCAGCGUGGUGCACAUGAAGCUGCUGCUACGCAUCUGGGACCUGUUCUUCUACCAGGGCUCGCUGGUGCUCUUCCAGACCACGCUGGGCAUGCUCCGGAUGAAGGAGGACGAACUGAUUCAGUCGGAGAAUUCGGCCUCCAUCUUCAACACACUGUCGGACAUCCCUUCCCAGAUGGAGGACGCGGAGGUGCUGCUGGCUGAGGCCAUGCGCCUGGCGGGCUCCCUGACCCACGUGGCUGUGGAGACCCAGCGGCGCAAACACCUGGCCUACCUCCUCGCUGACCAGGGCCAGCUGCUGGGCCCCAGCGCCACCGGCAACCUCACCAAGGUGGUGCGACGCAGAACCCAGCGCAGGAAGUCAGGCAUUGCCUCCCUGCUGUUUGGGGACGAGGACCUUGAAGCUUUGAAGGCCAAGAACAUAAAGCAGACAGAGCUGGUGGCCGACCUGCGCGAGGCCAUCCUGCAGGUAGCCCGCCACUUCCAGUGUGUGGACCCCAAAAACGGCAGCGUGGAGCUGACCCCAGACUAUACCAUGGAAAGCCACCAGCGGGACCACGAAAACUACGUGGCAUGUUUCCGCAGCCAGCGGCGCCGGGCGAAGGCCCUGCUGGACUUUGAGCGCCAUGAUGAUGAUGAGCUGGGCUUUCGAAAAAACGACAUCAUCACGAUCAUAUCACAAAAGGACGAGCAUUGUUGGGUGGGGGAGCUGAAUGGACUGAGAGGUCUGUUCUGUGCCUCUCCCACAGGCUGGUUUCCUGCCAAGUUUGUGGAGGUCUUGGACGAACGCAGCAAAGAGUAUUCUGUGGCUGGAGACGACUCCGUGACAGAGGGUGUCAUGGACCUGGUGCGAGGGACCCUCUGUCCUGCCCUCAAGUCAAUAUUUGAACACGGUCUGAAGAAACCGUCCCUGCUCGGGGGCCCGGGCCACCCGUGGCUGUUUAUUGAAGAGGCGGCCGGCCGUGAAGUGGAGCGGGAUUUCGACUCUGUCUACUCUCGACUAGUUCUCUGUAAAACCUUCAGGUUAGAUGAAGAUGGAAAAGUCCUCACCCCGGAGGAGCUGCUCUAUCGGGCCGUUCAGUCCGUGAACAUGACCCACGAUGCUGCCCACACUCAGAUGGACGUCAAGCUCCGCUCGCUCAUCUGCGUGGGUCUCAAUGAACAGGUGCUGCACCUGUGGCUCGAGGUGCUCUGCUCGAGCGUGGCCACAGUGGAGAAGUGGUACCACCCGUGGUCCUUCCUCCGAAGCCCAGGCUGGGUCCAGAUCAAAUGUGAGCUUCGAGUCCUCUGCUGCUUUGCCUUCAGUCUCUCUCAGGACUGGGAGCUUCCCAUCAAGAAAGAGGAGAAGGAAAAGAAACCCUUGAAAGAAGGCGUGCAGGACAUGCUGGUGAAACACCAUCUCUUCAGCUGGGAUAUAGAUGGGUGACCCCCUGGGGGGAGGAGGAGGGCAGAGCCGGCCAAAACCCUCUUUUAAUAACAGAGCCAGGGAGGAUGAAGCAACAGUGAUAGGACCUUUAUUCUUUUGGUUUAUAAAUAAACAGCAUAUUGUGAAA